AUGCUCUCUCUCUUCCGCGAUGGUCCAGAAUACAUCCAACGCACUAAAACACCAUUUUCGCCCACGAAGGUGACUCUAGCCGAAGUCCGCGCCGUCGUUCCCAAGGUACUUUACCAGAAGCACACCCUGACUGGGCUCGCUUACGUUGCUCGUGAUGUCUUGUGUGCUUUCGCGCUUUACAACUUUGGGUGGUUCAUCGACCCACUUGCACGGUCUCUUGUUGAAGAUUAUGGGUGGUCGUUACUCUUCGGCGUCGCAUCAAAAUGGUCCAUUUGGGUGCUAUAUUGGUAUUGGCAGGGAAUCAUCCUCGCCGGCUGGUGGUGUUUAGCUCAUGAAGCAGGCCACGGCACACUCUCACAAUACAAUUGGGUCAAUCACAUUGUUGGAUACUCUUUGCAUACAUUUCUUCUCGUUCCUUACUACGCCUGGAGAUCCACCCAUCAUGCCCAUCACAAAGCCACCAUGUCCGUGGAACGCGACGAAAACUAUGUCCCUCGCACGCGUCGAUAUUACAGUCUUCCUUUGGAAUUCACUGCGACCCCAGGUGACUACCGCGAAAUAUUUGAAGAAACUCCGAUAUACACGCUCUUCCGUAUGCUCCUUAUGCAGGCUGUAGGGUGGCAGUAUUAUUUGUGCUCCAAUGUCAUGGGCUCGCCGAUGUAUCCUCCCGGUACCAACCACUUUCAACCUUCCUCGCCUCUUUUCAAACCCCACGAGCGAAAUGGGAUUAUCGCCUCCAAUAUCGGUCUCGUUAUCAUGUCGUUCAUCCUCUAUAUUUGGACUAAAGAAGUUGGCAUCGUGAAUUUUAUCAAGUUUUACUUUGUCCCGUACUUGCUUGCAAAUCACUGGGUCGUCAUGUUAACAUACCUCCAUCACUCCGAUCCCACCAUAGCUCAUUACCGCAGCAAGGAGUGGAAUUUCCUCCGCGGAGCUAUUUCUACCGUUGACCGACCACUUUUGGGGUGGGUUGGGCGUUUCUUUCUGCAUAAUGUUUCUCAUGACCAUAUAGCACAUCAUUUAUUCUCUUCGAUCCCUUUCUACAAUCAGCCCUACGUUACUGAAGCCAUUAAGAAAGUCUUGAAGGAUGACUAUAACUACGACUCCACGAACACCUUCCGUGCCCUCUACCGGACGUUCACCCAGUGCUGCUUUAUUGAGGAUGAUGGCGAUGUGGUGUUUUACAAAAACAGGGAGGGAAAUGCUGCGCGUGUCCUUGCAGUGGAGGCAGAGGGUAAAACUGUUGAGAUCGGAGGAGAUCGGGGUUAUUAUAGUCUCUAA